GUGACUGUCUGCGCUCUGAGGCAAGAAGCAGCAGAGCAGAAGGCAACACUGCGUUACUGUGUUGACUAUUUGAGUAGACUUCUAAACGUUCGUUUUGGAUUUGACGUUCGCUGCCAACUAAACAGGAUGUUUUCGCUCGGGGAGAAGAUGGAGUUUCUCAUCGGAAACGCCUUUUCAACACCUGUUGGUCAGAGAAUCGAGCGAGCGACCAGUGGCAGUCAGCAGUCAGAGGACUGGGGGCUCAACAUGGAGAUAUGCGACAUCAUCAAUGAGACAGAUGAAGGGCCAAGAGAUGCAGUCAAAGCCAUUAAGAAGAGAAUUGUAGGUAACAAGAACUUCAGAGAAAUCAUGUUGGCCCUUACUGUUCUUGAGUCAUGUGUGAAGAACUGUGGCCACCGCUUCCAUGUCCUUGUGGCGUCGCGGGACUUUGUUGAAGGGGUUUUAGUGCGUGCCAUUUUACCCAAAUAUAACCCACCCACUGCCCUGCAUGACAGGGUGCUCAGUCUCAUACAGUCAUGGGCUGAUGCUUUUCGUACUUCCCCUUCCCUUGCGGGGGUGGUGUAUGUUUACGACGACCUAAGGAGGCGAGGUUUGGAGUUUCCCAUGACAGACCUGGAUGCUCUAUCCCCCAUUCACACUCCCAGCAGGACCGUCCCAGAAAAUGAGACACCUGAGGCAACGGAUGGUCCUCCCCGUCAGUUACAAUCACAAACUCCUUCCAUUUCUCCCACUCACAAUUCUUCGCCUGUAUCGCCGCCCAGUGAGCGACCUGGUACCCUCUCUGCAGAGCAGAAAGAGAAGCUGCAAAGAGAGCUGGCACUGGUUAAGGGAAACCUCACUGUAAUGUCCGAAAUGCUGAAUGAGCUUAAACCAGGACAGAACCAGCAGGAUGAUACAGAACUGCUACAGCAACUGUACUCAGUAUGUAAGAACAUGCAGACUCGGGUGGUGGACCUCAUCCCACAGUUGCUGGAUGAAGGACUCAUUGAGGAGCUUCUUGUGGUUAAUGAUGACCUCAACAAUGCUUUCAUCCGCUAUGAGAGGUUUGACAGGCUUAACAAGGCACAAACUACAAAUGGUGAACAAAGUUCUGUCAGCAGCCCGAACCUCAUUGACCUUAGCCUAGAGCCUUCAACGUUGACCCAGCCUGCUGUCAUCACAACAACCAGCCAACCUGAAGCCAACACACCGGCCAGUCAGAGGGAGUCAGCCAACCACAAAGAAGAGGAAGAGUUUGACAUGUUUGCCCAAACCCGAGGCAGAUCCUUAGCAGAGCAGAGAAAAAGUGUCAGGUAUGAGGAUCCAGGAGCUGUCGAGGGCCUUGCUGGGGCCUUGGACUCAAGGUUGCAGGUCACAAGAAGUACGAUGCAAGUGAAAAACACACUGCAGAACAAUGGGGAUAAAUGGUCAUGUGAUAUGCAAGACCAGUCCGCUGUCAGUGAGGGCGUCUCCAGUGAAGAGUUGGAUCAAUUUUUAGAGGAUCGGGCAAAAUCGUCAGACCAGGGUAACCGUACGACCUGUGGCACAUUGCCCCCCACCUCUAGACUGACGACGCAGUCAACAAGGCAACAGGACAGAUCACAUGACCAGCUUUUUUCACUCUAGACUUAGAGGCAAGCGCUCAGACUGAUAUAUACCUACAAGCACAUACAGGUACAUGGCCUCUAAUGUUUCCACCAAGCAGUUCAGUUCAGCUUGACACAAUGCAAUUUGGAACAUCAGUUUUAAAGGGAUAGUUCAGAUUUUUUGACAUGAAGUUGUAUUUAGUUCCCAUCAGCAGUAUAGUACACCAACGGUGACUUACCCCCCCAAUUGGUCCUUUGAGUCUAGAUCUGGUCGGAGAUCCGUGACAUUAGUUGCUGGGGGUCAUUUAAGUAAAGAGUUUGGCUUCUCAAAACGAUAUGCGUUCAAAAGAGUAAUACAUUUGCAUCACAAAAAUGCCUCCACAAAAAAAUCAGACCUCACAAAUCGCUCAGCAUUAUAUUUGCCUCCUGACGUAUCCCUGCGCACUGUCGCCUGUGCAUUCUUGUGUACGUGAUGAAGACGCUCUCAUCUUCUUCUGAGUCCAAUUGUGUUCUUAAUGUAUUUUUAUCACAAAACAUCUUUAUGUUCCGACAAAGAAGCUAGUUUGCUAAGUUAUAGAAAGGCAGCCGGAACUGGAAGUCAGCUACAUAGCCCGUCUAUGAUGUCAUCAGUGGUUGACUCUCAAAAAUGUUCACAAAAAACACGCUUUUAUUGUUUUACAUGCAUAAAAAAAUGAUAAAUGCAUAUAAAAUGGCAAAGUAAAAGAGUAGAUGAUUAUUUAAGGUUACUUUUCAUCUUCACUGAAGACGUGAUUCUUGAUGUGAGUGUUUCUAUAGACAUGAUAUGGCAGCGAGACGCAACACGGAUACAAUUUUCCUGUUUUGUCAUGAGAUAUUUCUUGAAUUCAUUACUCAUGGCAAAACAGGAAGAUGCUUAGAAGUCUUUCAUUUGGAAUUUAUAUGUAGUUGUAUGCAUUUGGAAUUGUUUUACUGCGUGUUAUUGUAAAACUAUAAAAACGUGUUUUGUGUUAAUAUUUUUGGCUUUCUGGAACGGAUGAAUUGGAUUUACAUUAUUUCUUCUGGGAAAAAUUGAUUCGGUUAGUGUCCGUUUUGGUUAGAAUUGGACCUUCUGGAGCAAAUUAAUGACGCUAACCAAGGUAUAUACAAAAACAAAGUAAAAAAUAACAAUUUAAAAGAAGGUUAUUCUUCCCUGAUUUUUUGGCACCCCUCGGAGGCCAUGGCGCCCUUAGCAUCCACCUAUAUUCAUCCACCUGCAAGUAAAUGUACUGAUUUAAGGACUUCCAACGUUGUCUUCUUCUUGUGUCUUGGCUCAUCUGUUUUGUGCAUAAAAUGCUGAUCACACUUUUAUUUGGUUCACACAUUAGUACUGGACUUCUCAACAUCUGCCAAGAAUUGUAACAAUCUAAUCUAAUAUUUCUUUAAUUUUGAUGAAAUUAUAAUGUU